AGGAAAAAGGUUUGUUGAUAAUGUAUUGAACUCUACGUUUUGGGAAGAAUAUGCAUCAAUUGUACGAAUGACCGAACCAUUGGUUCGAGUUCUACGAAUUGUUGAUAGCGAUGAUAGACCUGCUAUGGGAUAUUUAUAUGAGGCUAUCCAUUCUGCAAAGAAAGAAAUGUUGAGGAGAUUUCAAAAGAAAAGAACUAAGGUGCAACCUUUCAUAGACAUCAUUACUAAUAGAUGGGAUGGACAAUUGUAUAGGAAGCUUUAUGCAGCGGGAUUUUGGUUGAAUCCUCCAUUUCAGUACGAUGUCAAUCUAAUGGAUAGAUAUAUAAACAUAAUUUCUGAACUUCUAGAUGUUGUUGAGAAGUAUGCAAAUGGAAAUGCAAUUCUGCUAAGCAAGCUUACAAGUGAAAUGAAGUUGUUUAGGAAUGCAGAACAUGACUUUGGUAGAGUGUCUGCGAAAAAUGAUCGCACCCUUUUACCUCCAGAUGAAUGGUGGGUGCUGUAUAGAACUUGUGCUCCAAAUCUCCAAAAGUUAGCUAUACGAGUUUUAAGUCAAACUUGUAGUUCUUCAGGAUGCGAGAGGAAUUGGAGUAUUUUUUAGCACAUCCACUCUAAGAAAAGAAAUCGAUUAGAGCAUCACAGACUUA